CCCUGCCGUAGUUCCCUUCUCGGCCAGCGCCCUGGACGACCGUUCGGACGGCGGCCCUGACAUCGCUACUAAGGGCCAAAAUCCCGGCGCCGCUGCUCAGCAGCAGGGUCUGCGAGUUCCCCUUCAUUUCCCUUUCGUCCCUUUCCUCGGCCACCCACGACAACGACAACGCCCCUCCCGCCUACACCUCCAUCUUCCCCCCGUCGCCUCCCCUCUCGGCGACGUCGGCCUCGCCCAGCGACUCGUUCAUUCUCAGUCGCUUCGCCAACGCCGUCAACAGCAAGAGCGCCGCCGCCCCGGCCCUCCUCACCCCGCCCGCCGAGGAGGAGAGCCGCUCGGCCCUCUCGCUCGGCUCGGCCGCCGCCGCCGCCGUCGCUUCGGCUGGCACACAGCUCCUCGCCGACGUGUUCCCGUCGCACGCGUCGGUGCACGAGCUCCCGGCCCAGUCGGUCGACCUGUCGGACCUUGUCGGCGCCGGCUGGCAGGGCGCCGCCGUCGACAACCCGGUCGCCGGCACGCGCACGCUCUACGUCGGCGGCGGCGAGCUGUCGGACGUCGAGCUGCGCGAGUCGAUCAUCGCCGUCCUCGAGCGCGCCGAGGAGGAGCUCGGGUGCUCCGGCGUCGUGCUCGCGCUCGAGCGCGGCACGCAGGACCUGAGCAACGUCGUGCACCAGCUCAUGUACCUCGGCUGCACGGUCGUAUCGGACCACGAGCAGACGGGCCUGCCCAACUCGGAGUACAUCCUCCUCGGCAUGGACGUCUAAAAAGGCGCCGUCCAUCCUCCCUCCCUCCCUCCCUCCUCUUCCCUCUCGCGUCGUCGUUGUCGCACCCUACCCUACCCCCUUGUGCCCUGCUUGAUCUGUACCCUCGCCCUCCUCUAUAGCAACUAAACCCCCACGUCGCUGGCUCCCCUCCCCUGUUCUCGCUUUCUCUCCCUCCCCUUGGCCGGGGUCUUCCCUCUUCUGCAUUUCAGCGUCUCGCUCCCUACA